AUGGAGCCAAACAAGGAUAAGCGAAUGGGCAAAAAGACCAGCGUAUGGCCAAGUGUCGCUCGCAAGCAGAGAUGCAGAGUAAAAGGGAGAUUUUCAAAUGCAAAUAAAGAAAAUAUUCCUGCAAGAAUGAAUAUGUCUGAAUCGUGCUCUACGGAUAUAUCGAGAAAUACCGCAAAUGUCGCCAAAAACCCACGUCAAGCAAAUAUUGUGGCAACUCUUCCGCCAAACUGGUCAUCGAAGCAAAUGAUAGUUCAAGCGGAAGUACAUAAUGCACCCUCAAGAUCAAACUGGAAAUAUACUAAUAAAGAUGUAGUAGAAGCAGAUGAUCACGAAGUACCUCGCAAAAUGAUGCACUCCUAUAACUACCAGCAUCAAAGCGAUUGGGAUAUCAUAGAGCCUGACGUUGCUUUUGCACGUAACACACCGGAUUUGAUCACACCGGUCACGCAGACAGAACUGACUUCACCAUGCAACCAAUCCAGCGAUUCAAAUUUGAAUAUAAAUCUACCUGUUGAGAUUAUUAGUAAGGAUAAUAGCAACGUAAAUACAAGUUUGGAAGAUAGACUACGGCGCUUGUAUAAUGCUGUAACUGGCGUUGUUGCACACGCAAGACAACUUGAGGUCCCAACAGCAGAGAAGCUUUUAGUUCUCAAGGAAGACUUACGAAAUGGUCCAUGCCACGUAUUUGGUUGGCAUGAUAUUUGCAAACCAUAUUACUGCAGGAAAAAAAUAGAAGAAAAUCUUGUUCCGCAACUGAAAUCUAGCGGCAUGUGGCAUGAUAUUUAUGAUAAUCUUGGGUGGCUGCUUCAAAACGCUGAAAGUUUACUGUUGAAGGAAACAAAUAAUCCUGUGGAACAAUUUAAUGCAAUUGUUGCCAAAUUUCUUGCAGGAAAAAGAGUAAAUUUUACACUCAGAGGCACCUACGAAGCAAGAUGUUUUGCAGCAGCAGGACAUUAUAAUUCAAAAGAUUAUACUUUUAUGCGUAAAGUGCAAAAUGCUGUAUGUCCAGAGGUGCCUGACAAUACGUAUACAUACACCGAUAAAUAUGUACAAAAAAAAAAAACAAAAAUACUAACAAAACAACGAAAAAGAACCGCUGCAGAUAAAGCGCAAGGUAACAAAAAAGCUAAGCGCUUUAAAAUGGCAGACAAACAUUAUGGUGAUGUAAUCGAGGUUCCUGAUAUGCCUCAGGAAGAAUUUGAAAAAAAGAGAACGGAAUUUAUCCUUGCCCUUAAACUAGCUGCUGAAGAAAUUUGUGUGUUAGAAAAAAGAACAAUCGCCCAGGGUAAUUCUGAUCUGUGGAUUGUUGAGCGCAAAAAAAGAUUAACAGCUUCCAUUUUUGGCCAAGUUUGCAAAAUGAAGGACUCAACGCCUUGUACAUCUCUAGUAAAAACCAUUUUAUAUUCAACCUUUACAGGUAACGACGCAACAAGAUAUGGCAAAACUCAUGAAGCGACUGCAAUAGCAGAUUUAGAAAAAAAAAAUUGA